AUGCAAACCUCCGAUGCCUCCAAUAUCUCGAGUCGUUUGAAAUUUUCUCACCUGAAUGCGGAUAGUACUGGAUUUUCCCACGGAGCGUACAGUUCAAACAACCUCCCCCUGCAAGGAUUGUCGGACCGGAAUCAUCGUCGAGUAAACAUUCCUGCCAUCAACACGACUGCUACCGCGAGCACGGCCGAUAACAUGGCGAACUCGGGCACCGCGUUCGAUAUGAACUUUACUCCCCUCCUUCCUUCCCAGCUCCUACUCGGCAGUCCGUUCCAACCCGGUACACCCUCCGCGUUUACUUCGCCGCAAUUCACCAACUAUGGCGGGUUCUCCCAAAACGCUUCGGCGCAGGGGCCACAGAACCAGCUAGGUAGCCCGACACAAGCUUCGCAUAAUCCUGGUCUAUAUUCCAACAUGUUAGCUGCAGAAGGUCUGGGAAAUCAACAGAUGCUAGGCGGCCCCCAGUCCCCUGUCGGUGGGCUAGGAGGACUGGGGAAUGCUGCAUAUGGUAGCCCUGCAGCAUCUGUAACUCCCGGUCUUCUUUCUGGUACCAGCCGCACUGUAUACCUUGGCAAUAUUCCCCCAGAGACACCAGCGGAGGAAAUUCUGAAUCACGUCCGAAGUGGCCAGAUUGAGUCUGUCCGCUUGCUCCCUGACAAGAACUGCGCCUUCAUCUCGUUCCUAGAUAGCAACUCCGCCACACACUUUCAUUCGGAUGCUAUCCUGAAAAAGCUAGCCAUCAAGGGCAAUGACAUCAAGGUAGGCUGGGGUAAGCCUUCGCAGGUACCAACAUCAGUCGCGUUAGCCGUCCAGCAGUCGGGAGCUUCGCGGAACGUGUAUCUUGGGAAUUUACCAGAGGAGACAACAGAGGAUGAUCUACGAGAAGAACUUGGCAAAUUCGGCCCAAUUGACACCGUUAAGAUUGUCAAAGAAAAGGCCAUUGGGUUUGUUCACUUCCUGUCAAUCACAAAUGCCAUGAAAGCUGUUUCCCAGUUACCUCAGGAGGCCAAAUGGCAGGCACCUAAGCGCGUUUUCUACGGAAAGGAUCGAUGCGCUUACGUCUCGAAGACGCAGCAACAGAAUGCUGCGCAGUUCUUGGGAAUUGCGCCGGGAUAUGCGCACAUUCUGAACUCAGCGGACCGUGACUUGAUUACCAAUGCUCUCGCCCAGCAGUCUGUCGCUGCGGCCGCAGUGGCUACUUCGGCCGGCGGUGUCAACAACCUGGGUAAUCGUACUAUCUACCUUGGCAACAUUCAUCCCGAAACCACGAUCGAGGAGAUCUGCAACGUUGUGCGAGGCGGUCUUCUACACCAUAUUCGUUACAUUCCCGACAAGCAUAUCUGCUUCGUUACCUUCAUUGACCCGACAUCAGCCGCUUCCUUCUAUGCUCUAAGCAACCUGCAGGGGCUCAUGAUUCACAACAGGCGGCUGAAGAUCGGCUGGGGUAAACACUCCGGACCCCUUCCACCUGCUAUUGCCCUCGCAGUUAGUGGCGGUGCUUCUCGCAAUGUUUACGUUGGAAAUCUAGAUGACUCGUGGGCCGAAGAGCGUCUGCGCCAAGAUUUUGCAGAGUAUGGAGAAAUCGAACUGGUAAACACGCUACGGGAGAAAAGCUGUGCCUUCGUAAACUUCACCAAUAUCGCAAACGCAAUUAAAGCUAUUGAGGGAAUGCGAAACCGAGAAGAAUAUCGGCGGUUCAAGAUUAACUUCGGUAAAGACCGAUGCGGGAACCCACCUCGUCAAACAGGCAAUGGUGGACAGCAAAGCCGCAACGGCAGCGGAAUCGAGGGACCGCAGUCGCCUUCUCCUGCGCUCAACGGCUUCAAUGCCUUUGCUCAACCCGGCUCCCAAUCUAGUCCCACCCGCCCGGCGCUUUCACCUGCACCCGGUUCAACGGGCUCCCAGAACGGUCAACAGAACCGACACCCCCUACAAACCGUUGCCUCUCCGUCCGGCAUCUUGAAUAACGGUUCCAGCAACCCUUUGACAAUGUAUCUCAACCAGAUGUCUACGCAACAAGUCCAGGAGCAAGAGGAUCGGCUCAACGAUCCCAUAUCCCUGGCGUCCCUACAAUCCCAACCCCAAUCCAACCAUCAUCACCAGCAAUCGCUUUAUAACGCGACUAGCACCAGCGAACUUACCAACGGCAGCAUUGACGCUCCUUUGCACCAGCAUAAGCCAUCUGCCAACGGCUUUCUGAACGUCACCAAUGGGUCCACUGGACCUGGUCACCACUCCACUGCGAGCACAAGCAACCUAAGCGUACCCCGUGCACAGCAUUCCCGUGCUGUGAGCUUGCCAUCAUUUUCGCAGGAACCAUUUGGUCCUAUCUCGGGCCAGCCUGGACCCGGUCGUUCUGGGGCGUCUCAUCACCCCCAGAGCAGUUUCUCAGGCUUUAAUUCCGCUCUGGGUGGUCUAAACCAUUCCGGCUUCGGGUUGGCUAUCCACAACGAGAACUCGUUGCCCGGCUGGGCAGAAGAAGAGAUUGGAGCCAAAUAA